UGCAGAGACCUGACGAUCGACGGCGAGAACUGCGGCGCCUGCGGCAACCGAUGCGGCUUUGGCGAGACUUGCAACUUCGGCUCCUGCGACAUCAGGGUGCGCACCGACGCAAUGCAUUGCGGCGUGUGCGCGUUUGCAUGCAUGGGCGGCCAGCAGUGCGUGUACGGGCGCUGC